UACCUCAUACCUAACCUUUCAUAGGAGUUAUGACAUUAUAUAUUAUGUGUCUUUUUUAUUUUAGUAGUAUACUUAAUGUCUGUCUUUUGUACAUUAUUUACACACAUUGUAACAAAUGACAUUUAAAAUCAUCAGUCUAACAAUUCUAUAACGUAAACAUUUAUCGACUUACAAAAUAAUAAACAAAGACAGAGUUUGAAAUAAAUUUUAGUAUUAUUAGUAACGCCUUUAAAUAAUUAACAAUGGAUUUGGACAAAGAUUUUGAUCAACAUUUAUUACAACAAUUUAGUUGUAUGGGUACAACUGAUAAAGAUGAUUUGGUUAAACAACUUCAAAAGUUGUUAGCAGGUAGUCAAUUAAACGAAGCAACUGCUACUUUUUUUCUGGAUAUGAACAAUUGGAAUUUACAAGCGGCAAUUUGCAGUUAUUUUGAUUUUGAGUCACCUUUUAAACUUCCUAGUAUGACUUUAGUAUGUGACUGUACAAUCGGUGAAGGUGAGUCAGUAUCGCCUAACACUAAAUUCCAAAAGUCAUGGAGAGUGCAAAAUUCUGGCAACGAAUCAUGGCCUGAAGGAAUUUCUCUUCAAUACACUGGAGGUAUUGUUAUGGGGGAUUGUACACGAAUCGAGGUACCACCACUAGGUCCAAAGGAAAUUACUGAACUUACAGUUACUUUAACCAGUCCAAAUGAAUUAGGGGUUUUUCAAAGUAAAUGGAGAAUGAUGACAGUUACUGGAUCUUAUUUUGGAGAUAUCAUUUGGGUAAUUAUUUCUGUUAGUGAAUCUGGAACUCUGGCAGUUACACAACAACUUCAUCAAUUAUCAACUUCGCAAUCUAAUGAUGUUCAAAUGUCUUAGCCUUUAGUAUUAAUUUGAGAUCAACUAUUUUAUAAAAUACAUUAAGAAAAAAAAUACAUAAAAGAUGUAAAUGAAAAAAAUAUUAUUUUUUUCAUUUAUUGUUUAUUUCUUUCCAGUUUUUCAAAAUUAAAAAAAAAAAUAACUGCUCUUAAAAACAACUAACAACUUAGUAGAAAGAUAAAAAAAAACUGAUAUUUAUCUAUUGAAGUUAAAUUGGAAUAUAUUUUACUAUUUACA